GUGGCAUUCGGAAUUAGAGUGCAUGCCGCGGUGUUCCUUCUGAAAAGCACGUUUAUCAAACUUCUGUUCCAGGUGACGGGUUAAGUGUAAUUGAAAUUUUAGGUUAAUUGUUGCUUUCUCCGCGUAGAAUGAUUACAAGAUGUUGAUCAAAUGUCUCCCGUUGAUCUUGUUCUCCUGUGCUCUAGGAUUCCCCAAAAGGGUUCAUAUAGGAGGAUUGUUCGACGAUGGCGAGGAGAUACAGAGAACCUUCGAAACGUCCGUGAAAUCAGUGAACAAAGAACGUUUCAAGAACGCGGAGUUAGCCAACGUGUUUCUCGUAGCAAAAUCUAACCAAGUUGUAACGGACACGUUUGAAGUGUUUUUAAAAGUAUGCGAGCUGAUGGGCACGGGAAUCGCUGCGAUUUUCGGUCCCCAGAAUGUGGUCACUUCGGAACACGUACAGAGUAUAUGUGACACUAUGGAAAUGCCUCACAUUUAUGCCAGAUGGGAGCCCAUGCAAAUACGCGGCAAGGGGAUUAACUUGUAUCCUCACGCGGAAACUCUCUCUGUGAUUUUCGAUCUAUUGAUUACGGAUUUCGAAUGGAAAUCGUUUGGAAUAUUAUACGAAAACACCGACAGUUUAAUUCGUACUCAUCGUUUGUUGGAACGUUGGGAUGCCCGCGGUCAUACGAUCUUUCUGUACCAUUUAGGAUCUGGUCCUAGUUACAGGAAGGUGAUGCGAGAGAUAAAAGACGCGGAAAUCGAAAACAUUAUUAUCGAUUCUUCCAUCGAGAUUCUCGCAGAGGUGCUGAAACAAGCACAGCAAGUCGGUAUCAUGUCGGAGAAGAAUAAGAUCAUAGUGACUUCACUGGACUUUCAAACGCUCGAUCUGGAGCCGUACCAAUUUUCCGGCGUGAACUUUACGGGAGUACGUCUGAUCGAUCCCAACAAUAACAUCGUACAGAAUAUCGUGAGAAUGCACAAGAACGAAUGGGGCUUGACCGAUCCUUCACAGCUACGCGUUGAGCCAGCUCUUAUGUACGACGCCGUGCAACUUUUCGCGAGGGCUUUCAAACGUUUAAAGGACGCCAUUCACGGCGACGUGAAACAACUAUCCUGCAACGGUAGUUUGAGUUGGGAGCACGGCUACAGUUUGAGCAACUUUAUGCGUCUCAGCGAAAUGGAAGGUUUGACAGGUUUGAUUAAGUUCGACACGGCUGGCUUUCGCAGCGAUUUCCAGUUGGACGUGUUGCGCUUGGCGGAAGACGGUUUGAAGAAGAUUGGAAUGUGGAACAGCACCAACUCCAUAGAAUGGCAACCGGAAAGCGAACCCCCGAAGUCAGACAUGGAGUUCAGUCUUCAGAAUAAAACGUUCAUCGUUUUGAUAGCCAUUAGCCACCCUUAUGGCAUGUUGAAGGAAUCUGCGGACAUGAUGACCGGAAAUGACCGUUACGAAGGAUUUGGUAUCGAUAUUAUUCAAGAGCUCAGUAAAAUGCUCGGCUUCAAUUACACGUUCGAAGUGCAAGCGGAUAAUGUUUACGGGUCCUACUCGAAGUCUCUAAGAAGAUGGACGGGGAUGCUGGGAAAAAUUAUGGCCGACGAGGCUCAUCUAGCUAUUACUGAUUUAACCAUAACGUCUGAACGGGAAGCAGCGGUGGAUUUUACGAUGCCCUUCAUGAAUUUAGGAAUAAGCAUCUUAUACCGAAAACCAACGAAAACACCACCCAGUUUGUUCUCUUUCUUGUCUCCAUUCUCUGCUGGUGUCUGGUGGUAUUUGAUCGGAUCCUACAUAUCCGUGUCCUUGCUACUAUUCACGAUAGGCAGGAUAUGCCCGGCUGAAUGGAACAACCCCUAUCCGUGUAUAGAAGAGCCUGAGGAACUGGAGAAUCAGUUCACUUUCAAGAAUUCCCUCUGGUUCACAAUCGGUAGUAUUAUGCAACAGGGUUCCGAGAUCGCACCUAUAGGUCUUUCGACGCGAAUGAUGGCUACUUCCUGGUGGUUCUUUUGCUUAAUCAUGGUAUCGUCUUAUACAGCCAACUUGGCGGCGUUUUUGACCGUCGAAACGGUAGUGUCACCGUUCUCAAACGUUGAAGAAUUAGCAAACAAGAAGACGAUCAAAUACGGUGCUAAAGUGGGCGGGUCUACCUUGAUGUUCUUCAAAAAUUAUGCCCAUGUCAAGGAAUCCAACUACACGGUCUACAAAGAUAUGUUCGAUACGAUGAUGGCGAAUGCGGAAGACGUAUUGCCUCCGGACAACGACUCUGGCCUGAAGAAAGUGCUGAGGGAGGAAUACGCGUUCCUAAUGGAGUCCAGCUCGAUAGAAUAUAUCACCGAAAGACAUUGCAACGUGACGCAGAUCGGUGGGCUCCUCGAUGCAAAAGGCUACGGUAUCGCCAUGAAAAAAUAUUCGCCUUAUCGUCACGCAUUGAAUACUGCUGUACUGAAGCUCCAGCAAAGUGGCUUGAUCACGGAACUGAAGACGAAAUGGUGGACGCAGAAGCGAGGAGGAGGAAAGUGUCGGGAGGACGGUGGUCAAAGUCAAGCGGAAGAAUUGGAUCUCGAUAACGUGGGAGGUGUUUUCUUAGUACUGACUGUAGGCGUUGCCCUGUCCUUUUUCUACACUAUAAUAGAGCUGCUCUGGGAUAUUAUCGCUACAUCUAGACGUGAAAACGUUUCGUUCAAAGAAGAACUGAUAGCCGAGAUAAAAUUCAUCGUCAAGUGCAACAGUUCACCAAAACCAGUGAGAAGAAGAAAGGGUUCGUCGAAUAGAAGCAGGGAGGACAGCACCAGAGGCUGCACACCCCCUUAUGGUUUUAUACCUACAAUUAGAACUACGAGCUCCGACGACAAAUGAAGAAUGACAGAGAAAUUGAAUACAAUAAACAAUAUGAUUGUUAAAAGUUUUUUAUUUACAACCAGCAAGUAUAACUUUAACCACUAGUUCCUCGACCGAUUCGCAAUUAAUUUUAAUUUAGUUCGACGCAUGCCAACAUGGCGUAACUAAAUACAUCACAAAUCGUAUACUGAAUUUAAUGCCCAAAGGAUUCGUCCAAGCUACGGUCGUGGAUCUGUCUCUCUUUUGUAACAUAACUCGCUUUCGAAUAAAUUUACGAAGUCAAUUUUAUUAAUUGAAAGUACUGCGCGAUACAAUUACAUUGCAUUAAAUCUGUCGGACCUCACAC